GCGCUCGAGGUGGAGGCAGUCAGCCUGCGACGGAAAACAAGCGAGGACAGCUCUGGCACUACAUCCUCAGACCGUGUUUUAAAAGAGGAGAAUUUAGUUAAAGUGGAGAAUAGGUGGAUGUGAGUGGGCUCUGCGGGACUUUCACAGGGACUCGGUUACUUAUUGUGUGGCUCUCUCUCGGGCUGCGGUGUGUUGAGCGUGUCGCUGUUCGCCCGUUCUCAGUGGACUGUACACUAAGGAGGACUCCAUGAAAGAUGACGGAGGAGGGGAUUGUUGUAGCCAAGUGGGACUACACGGCCCAGCAGGACCAGGAACUUGACAUCCGUAAAAAUGAGCGCCUCUUCCUCUUGGACGACUCAAAGACGUGGUGGCGCGUCCGCAACGCCGCCAACCAAACGGGCUACGUGCCAUCGAACUACGUAGAGCGCAAGAACAGCCUGAAGAAAGGCUCGCUGGUGAAGAACAUCAAAGACACUCUGGGUUUGGGGAAGGGUAAGAGGAAGACGAGUGCCCGUGAUCCGUCCCCUACACCGAGCUCAGACGCAGAGUACCCCUCCAAUGGCAGCGGGGGAGGAGGUGGGGUUGGAGCAGCGGAGAGGAUCUACGACCUCAACACCCCUGCUGUGGUCAAGUUUGCAUACACAGCAGAGAGGGAAGACGAGCUGACCUUGGUCAAAGGCUCCAGGGUGAUCGUCAUGGAGAAGUGUAGCGACGGUUGGUGGCGUGGCAGUCAAGCCGGCCGCGUUGGCUGGUUUCCCUCGAACUACGUCCAGGAAGAGCUCACGGGGGGCGACGACAGAGAGGCAGAUUCCUCGCGGGGUUACCUUGGAGUUCCUCGGGGAGGUCUGCUGGCCAACGGCCAAGCAGGCGGCAGGGGCGUCGUCCUCCACCUGGUUCAAACGCUCUACCCUUUUAGCUCAGUGACAGAGGAGGAGCUUAACUUUGAAAAGGGAGAAAUCAUGGAAGUGAUAGAGAAGCCAGAGAACGACCCAGAGUGGUGGAGGUGUAAGAACUCUCUUGGCAUGGUGGGCCUGGUGCCUAAAAACUAUGUGAUGGUGCGUGACGAGCAGCCCGGCCCACCCUCCAUGUCAGGCUCCCCACAGAACCGCUUUGCAGCUCCAGCGCGCUCGGGGAGGUUCGCCGGGAGGGACUGGUACUACGGCAACAUCACUAGACACCAGGCCGAGUGCAUACUCAACGAACGAGGAGAGGAGGGUGACUUCCUCAUACGAGACAGCGAGUCAUCGCCCAGCGAUUUCUCCGUGUCUCUGAAGGCGGCGGGGAAAAACAAGCACUUUAAAGUGCAGCUGUCGGACGGGGUGUACUGUAUCGGCCAGCGGCGGUUCAACUCCAUGGAUGAACUGGUGGAGCAUUACAAGAAGGCCCCUAUCUUCACCAGUGAUCAUGGAGAUAAGCUGUACUUGGUGAAGGCCCUGCUGUGAUCUAUACGUCUACACUGGAUCCCCCCACACACACACUCUCUCUGACACACUCACACAUACGAUCCAUCCUUGUCUUAACCCAAGCCUUAGCUGUGGGCCCUUCCCGCUGUGGCGUCCGUACCACAUCCGGAUCCUCAGAUCUCUUGGAUUUUCCGAGCAAAAACAAGACAAGCUUUUUUGAGUUGUAGCUCAUGGCUGUUUUUACCGACGACCCUCAGAGAGCCAUCACCGAGCCACAUGGAGAACAGUGCGUACAGAGCCUCUGCUAUCUUGGAUGUGCUAACAUGCAGUGAGCAGAUUAGCUGCUAACUGAUCGCCUUAGGCCUCGCCGGAGGUUGAGCUCUCCCUCUGAUGUCAUGCAUAAUGUCUACGUACUAGCACGCACAUUGUCACUCACACCUUUGCUCUUAAUUUACGUUUAGCCGUUCAAAGAGGAACUCGGACCUCAGUGGGACCUAACUGUCAUGCCUCAUGGCAGGCCAUGUUUUCUUUUUUUCUUUUCUUAAAGGUUGAGUUUAAACGUUAUUUAAAAUCAUCUUCCUUAAAGUUCUGUAGAGUUCCUUUUUUCACAAAGUGACCAUAACCACUCUUUGGCCUUUUUUUUCCUUCUGAUUUUUCAUCAUUCUCCACUCAUUUUUUUCUGUAUCUAGUAAAUGAUUUAUUACUAGUGUUACUUUAAUUACAGACAACACUCACUGUAGUAUUUCUACCAGACGGUGCAAUAGAGGAGACCUCAGAGUUCCUGUAGAGUUUGAAUGUUGAUCCAUGUAACCAAACGUGCCACCCUGUACCCACUACUGCUGGCUCCAGGUCUUUCACAUUAAUCCACAGCUCAGUGCUCAUGCUUUAUAUUGUCAAGUUGAAAACGUUACUGUUUUGUUCUUUAGUAUGUGUCUGUAGCUACAUGAGGAAGACCAAGAAUAAUAAAAUCUUUUUUGUUUUGUUUUGGUAAAGCUUCCUGAGUAACUCUGUCUGUGAUGUGAUACAGUUCAGGAUAAACAAAAGUACCUCUUCUGAUGCCAUCUUUGUAAUUUAAGAAAACAGUUUGGAGCAAAUAUUUAUGGAGGACUAAUGGGUAAUAAAGAAGAUCCUGAUUUAUAAAAAAAAAAAUCUAUUUACGGAUUUGUUUAUGAAACAUUUAACUUUACAGAUCCAACUAAUUUCAUAUGUUGGCAGCUCCAAAAACGUUUAUUCCUUCUCUGGAUAGUUUACUGCCUGUUAGCAGUUAGGACAGCUCAAUGUUUAUGUUUAGUCACGUGAUAUUAAAGCUGCAGACAACUGAUUGUGAAAUAAGUGAGUUUCUGUAGACAUCCUGGACCCUCCAUGUUUGUUGCCACUACUGCUAAAUAUGUGUAAAAAAAGAAGGAAAAAUCAUUUCUAAAGAUCUUUUUUUAUUGGAUUUUAUUUUUGACCUUAUGUACUGCCCCCCCAUCACUGUGACUGGUGACUGGAUGGUUCUUGUGUGGUUUUUACUUCCUGCUCAGACUGUUGGUCACAUUUGGAUGAUUAGUUGCUUCUUUUGUGUCCAUUUCAUGACCUGUUUAAUUGAUCUAACUCUACCUUAAUUAAAUGACAUGAUUUGUUGUCUUAUUUUAAAAGGGGGCCAAGUGGGUUAAAAAUAGUCUUUGCUCACUUCACAUCAAUUCAGAUUGUUCAUCAUCUCUUAAAUUAUGUUAAAAAAUAAACUUUACUUUAGAAAGAUAUGCUUGUUUCAUAAGAAAACUCAUAUCAUAGCUUUUUCUAACAGAAACAGUAAGUUAUAAAUGACUCUUAACAGAAUGCUCAGAUCAAUAAUGAGGGGAAAAAAAUCUUUAAAAAGUUGUAAAAUGUAUUUAAUCAGAUUUAAGUUCAGAUUAUUCUCAAAUUUCAGCUAGAAAUCAGUUUUGAGGUAAAAGAGAAAUAUUCUCAUAGGCUUUCUACACAUGUUUAACAGGGCCAGAAUGAUGGGAGGGAGCGUUAAGUACAGCCUGAAACUUGUUUUUCAGACAUUACGUAAUGUUUGAUCAAACCUGGGAGUCAGUUUGGAAUUAGUCAUCAUUCAUUGUUGAGAAACCAAAAUAUCGUCAUCUAACUUAAGACUAGAAAUCUUACACCUGUUUCUGUGCAUUUGUUUACCAGUGGAAGUGUUGAUCACGGGGUCCUCAGCUUUUAUUUGAUAUAUAUCUGAAUGUUAAUGAGCACUGCUAUUUAAUUCCUAUUUCCACUGUAUGUAUAUAUUCAGAUAACAAGAGGUGCAUAUAUGAAUCACUAAGAUCCAACCUAUGGUACUGUAUCGCCAACAACGUGAUGAGAAAUGAGAUACUUUAGUUCAAUAAAACUUUUUGACAAACGUUCAUG